GUUACAGUCAGCGCGGUAGGAGUUGGAAGAAGCAGUAAAAACUCCACCAAACUCGUCGUAAUGACCCGUGAUAUAUGUUAUAUCCUUACUAUUUUCCAGGUUCUUAGAUAGCAAGAAUAGGUCGGACAACGACGUGAAUGAUAACUGCUUUAUUCCUUACUCACAGUGCGUUCACAUGGCGUACCACAACAACACAGAAUGCGCCCAUCCCACUUCCGGGGUUUUUCUACUACGGAAUUUGAGUUAGCCCAAAAUACACAACAUCUCUUCCCCUCUUACAGUGAACGUGCAUGAAGUCGGAGUCGGAGUCAGCUUUAUUGUCAAUUCCUUCAUGCCAAGACACACAAAGAAAUCGAGAUUACGUCAACAUAGUCUUAUGCACCUAUAACUUGACAUCUUCAAGAUCUAUCAAUAACUACCAUUAAACAAUUAUCAUAUAUGGUCCAGACAAUUAUGACAAUAAUAUUCCCAUGAAACCUUAACUUUGGGUGAGGGUGGACUACCUCGAAUUAUACCGAAUUAUAGCGAAAAACCGAUGUCGUACGCCGUCAGCACUAUGUUGUUUUCAAUAAAAACAUGAAGAACUCACGUUUGCGUCAGUCAAUUUUAAUUUUUAUAAAGGAUUAUUCUCAUUUGAUGUCUUUAAAUUCAUCCGCGUUCUGCCAUUGAAGCGGGGUGCAUUCAAAGACCAGUCGUACAGACGGAACACUCAACGGAACGCUCGUGAGCGGACACACACGUGCAACAUGACUGGCCAACGCAUUGGUCCAAUGUGGGAACGCACCUUUGUCCACAUGCACCCUGACCUGGACUGGCGACCAGUCCAUUGUUUCUCCACAUGUGUCCUGACAUUGAGUGGUGACACUUGAGUACAGAGUCUGCCCUACGUGCAGGUUUUCCCGUGUGCGUGAUGGCAAUGCAUGCAAAUUUCAAUCAAAGUGCAUUGCCAGUCCAAGGUCUGCUUGAAGACAUCAGCAUAGUGCAAUCAGCCUGUCAAUCGUUAACGAGCACCGCCCUCCUCCAAGCCACUCGGCUGCCGCGAAUGCUCACAACAGCAACAUCAUGGCGAGCGCCAGGCUGCGACCCGUCUUCCUUCUCCUCAUCGUCCUCUUGGCCUGGGCCGCCGCGAAGCCGCCCAGGUGCCGAAGGGGUGUGGGGAGCAAACAUCGCCUCCUGCUGAUCUCCUUCGACGGCUUCCGUUGGGACUACGAUCAGGAUGUGGCCACGCCUAACCUGGACCGGCUGGCACGGGAUGGUGUCAAGGCCAAGUACAUCACGCCGCCCAUGCUCACCAUGACCUCACCGUCGCACUUCACCACCAUCACAGGCCGCUGGGUGGAGGACCACGAGGUGGUCCACAACAUGAUGUUCAACACGCAGACCAACCAGAAGGUCCCUCACAAGGAUACCCUGAGGCGCUCCGAGUGGUGGGACAAUGGCGUUUUGCCGCUCUGGAUUACGGCGCAGAACCAGGGUCUGAAGACGGCCUCUUUCUACUACCCCGGAGGUGGCGCCAACUACAGCGGACAGGCGGUGAAUCGGGCCGUUGUGGAGGAGUCGGGCCACCCCGAUGACAACGAGACUGAGUGGCGGCAAAACAUAGACACGGUUCUGAGCUGGUUCUCUAAGGAGGACUUUGACCUGGUCACCCUGUACUACGGUGAGCCCGACAACGUGGGCCAUGCCCGGGGCCCCGACCACCCGGAUCGGAAGGCCAUCAUCCGGCAGAUCGAUCGUACAGUGGGUUACCUGAGGGAUGCCAUUGGGCUCCACGGGCUGGACGCCACCCUCAACGUCAUCAUCACUUCUGACCACGGCAUGACCACUGUCAAGAAGCGCCCUCUGGUGGAUGAGAUCGUGCUCAACAAGUACUUGAAUCUGCUCAAGAUGGCUAGCUUUGAGAUUCUGGACUACGGAGGCUUCGGAAUCCUGACCCCGUGGCCCGGAAAGGAGCAGGAAGUAUUGGAGGCCCUGGCUAAGGCUCCUAACCUGACCGUUUACAGGAAGGGUGACAUGCCCGAGAGUUUCCACCUGGCCAGGAGCGGACGCCUGCCACCCGUCGUCAUCAUAGCAGAUCUUGGCUUCAACCUCAACUCGAGAUUCAUCGUGUACGUGAACAAAGGCGAUCACGGCUUCCAUAACGGCGAGAUGGACAUGAAGAUGAUCUUCAGGGCCUUUGGACCUGAUUUUAAGAAGAACUUCUUGUCCGAGCCCUUUGACAGCGUCCACAUCUACCCGCUCAUGUGCCAACUGCUCAACAUCUGGGCAGAGCCCAACAACGGGUCCCUGGAGCACACGGCCGACAUGCUGAUCACCAGCCACGGCGGACCUCGGACGAGUUCAAUGAUAAUGACAACGACCGUGGUCUUCGUCUUCAUGUCCAUGCUGAUAGCUUAAAGCGGUAAAUCUCUGAGAUCCCGCCCACAAGGUCUCAUCUCCAGGAUGAUGCAGUCAUCGUUGACACCAGAUCCGGUUUCGGUUCCUCCGGAAGCUCCCCAAUGAUGAUGUCAGCUUAACAAUCAUAUGACGCGUUCCUAUGGAAGAUGCUCCCAAAAGGGUUUACAGAAUUGUGAUCACGAUAAUGAUUCAUUACUUAUUUGGCUUUUGCGUAUGCACAGUUGCACUUUGAAAAAUCCAUGUAUUUUG